CCGCCAUCCUAGAACCGCAAGCUCUUGCAGAGCUGACGGGAGACUGGGGGCCUCCCUGAAUCAUAGGUGUCAUCUAGUCUGUCCCAGGACAGGGUUCUCCCCUUUAGCAUUCUUGAUCCAUAACUUUGCAGCCUGGGCUUGCACACGCCCACGGAUGGGGAGCUCAUGACCACUUUCUGGGACAGGCUGGGCAGCUCUGAUGGUAACAAACCUGCCUUGUUGUAAUUUCCACCCACCACCCAGAGCUCUGCCCACACGGCCUCGGAGAAUCACUUGCCAGCCCUCCUGAGAUUUGAAGCAAUACCUGGGAGUCAGCUGAAGUAUGGAUAGAAGAGUCAGCAGUCAGGAGGACAGGCAGGGGCAGGAAGGCUCUGAGGAAGAAGAGCCAGAAUAAGGUGCAGAGGCCCUGGCCCGUGCAUCCUACUAGGGCUCCCCGUCAGUCUGAUGGCAUGGCCCACCCCUCCAACCCUGCUGGGGUCCAGCGGGAAUCCAGCAUGGGGAGUGCUCCUGAAACUGGCAGGGAGGGCAGGCCCAGGCAGGAUGUCCCAGCAGGGCCCCCUGCCUGGCCCCGGAACUGGUCCCACUGGUGUGCAGGCCGCCGGGGCAGCUGGCUCAGAGGGGAAGGCCAGGCCAGGCACAGGCUGGGCCACUGCCGCCGGCCGCUGAACAGGCAGCCCAACUUCCUCUCUUGCACCGCCCUCCCUGCCCGCCCUCCCCUGCCUGGCGCCGGAGGGAGGCUGUUUUUCCACUCACGGCUUGCUGCACGAGUUCCAUCCUGUUUCUUUCCUCUGCUUCCCUGGAGUUUAAAACUUCUUUGAAAACACCAUCGAAAACACCACCGGCCCCAGGCCCUGCUGGUCUCACGCUUCCUGCUCCGGUGCAGAAGAAAGCACGAGGGAGCCCGUGGACGGCACUUGGGGGGCCCGCCCUGCAGGCCCACGCCCCGCUGAGGCUGGAGCCACUGGUUGGCACCACAGCUGGCCCCAGGAAGCACCAGGCUGGCCACUGGAGGGGAUAAAAUGGCAAGACCGUGCCCUGCCUUCAGAUACCCACCAGCCUCCACUCCCUCCUAGUCCCAUCAGGAACCAUCAAUCCUGGUCUCUCCCGCCCCCAGCCUUGCCGACGGUCCCCGCCACUGACGCAUCACCAUGGCAGCCCUGAUUGCAGAGAACUUCCGCUUCCUAUCACUCUUCUUCAAGAGCAAGGACGUAAUGAUUUUUAAUGGGCUGGUGGCACUGGGCACAGUGGGCAGUCAGGAGCUGUUCUCCGUGGUGGCUUUCCACUGCCCUUGCUCACCUGCCCGGAACUACCUGUACGGGCUGACAGCCAUCGGUGUGCCAGCCCUGGCGCUUUUCCUCAUCGGGGUCAUCCUCAACAACCACACCUGGAACCUAGUCGCCGAGUGCCAGUACCGGAGGACCAAGAACUGCUCAGCCGCCCCCAACUUCCUCCUCCUCAGCUCCAUCCUGGGCCGUGCAGCUGUGGCCCCUGUCACCUGGUCUGUCAUCUCCCUGCUUCGAGGUGAGGCCUACGUGUGUGCUCUCAGUGAGUUUGUGGACCCAUCCUCCCUCACAGCCGGAGAGAAAGGCUUCCCACCAGCCCAUGCCGCCGAAAUCCUGGCCAGAUUCCCUUGCGGGGAGGGCCCUGCGAACAUGUCGGGCUUCCGGGAGGAGGUCACCCGCAGGCUCAAGUAUGAGUCCCAGCUCUUCGGGUGGCUGCUCAUCGGCGUGGUGGCCAUCCUGGUGUUCCUGACCAAGUGCCUCAAGCACUACUGCUCGCCGCUCAGCUACCGCCAGGAGGCCUACUGGGCGCAGUACCGCGCCAGCGAGGACCAGCUCUUUCAGCACACGGCGGAGGUGCACUCCCGGGUGCUGGCCGCCAACAACGUGCGCCGCUUCUUCGGCUUCGUGGCGCUCAGCAAGGAGGACGAGGAGCUGGUGGCCAGGUUCCCGGUAGAAGGCACACAGCCUCGGCCGCAGUGGAAUGCCAUCACCGGCGUCUAUCUAUACCGCGAGAACCUGGGCCUCCCACUCUACAGCCGCCUGCACAAGUGGGCCCAGGGUCUGACGGGCAACGGGGCAGCGCCCGAGACCGUGGAGAUGGCCCCGCUCGCCUCCUAGGGGUCUGGCCCCCACCCUCUCUGCAGGGGACGGUACUUGGUCUCAAACUGAACUCCAUGCCUGCUCCCACCAGCAUCAGAAGGGUUUUUUUUUUCCACUUGGGGGGGAAACGGGCCAGGAGCCAGGAGCACAAAGUAGCUUGGGGUGUGGAGAGUGAGCAGACAGUGGGGUCCACUCCAACAGGAAGGCCCCAGCUCUGAAGAAAUCCCCUUUCCCGCCGACAGCAACCACUCAGUCAACAGCUUGAGAGAAAAGACCCUUCUGUAGAACUGGUCCUUCCGUAACUAUGAUGUGGACGACCUUUUACUGACGGGACUCCGAGCCUCGGCAGCCCUGGCCAGCGGAGCCAGGUGACAGGGAAGCUCACCAGCAGAUGCCUCGUGCGGGACACCGUGUGGUUAACGUACACGUGACUGACGUGGUUACCUGGCUCAGGGGCGCUCAGCCCAGAGAUGCCCUCCAACAUCCAUCUCUGGCUUUAUUUUAUAUACUUAAAAAACUUUGAUAAAGUUUUUCUUAGUAUAAA